CACUUAUUAAUUAAACGCACAGUGCAGCGGCGGUAGUUUUUAUAACAACAAAACGAGUUGGAAAAACUUCAAUUGGUGCCUUAUCACACGCAGAGAUGAAGCAACUUUGAAGAAAACAACAGCAGCGAAUAACAAAAAAAAAUAACUGCCACACACAGUAACAUUCACACAACUGCAACACUGGCAACGCUGCAGCAACAUUCGCUCCAUUUAAAUGUGCCACAACAGCGACGAAGUGAAACUUUAGCGACAACGCAAUUCAAAACGCCUCGCACGAUCCCAUGUCAUGAUUACAAGAAUAUCAGCGACAAGAGUAUCGUCGUCACAAACGCCCACAUGUAACAGAUCUAAGUCAAGAGCAACAAUGCAGCAACACAUGAAAAUAACAAAAUUAGCGACCACAUCAAUACCAGCCGGUCAACCGAUCGCAGUGCGACAUGCAACAACCAAUCGCACAGCAACAACAAUGCGUCGUUGUAGUCUUGCCGCUUUGCAAGUUUUGGUGCUUGCCUGCGCGCUGCCGCCACCACUUCAACCGCUACUGCCGACACUCCUGCUUACGCCCACGCGGUGGUCAUUCGCCGUCGAAGCGUUGCCGAUAACGUCGAAGCCCAUCGAGGGCACUGCUGAAAAUCUUGCCUGGCAGGCGUGGCUCAUGUUACCGCCCGAACAGAAGCAGCUGGAGAAAUCGCGCAAAGUCACGCCGAAAUCGAUAUUUUCGCUGCCGUUCCGCGACUGCCCGCCCGGGCAUCAGCUAUUUCAGUCGCGCUGCAUACCAACCGUGAACAUCAAUCAAAGCGAUUUGCUGGCGCAGCAAGUGUUGGGCUUGUUGGUUGGUAGUACAACUGGAGGAAUGGGUGGAACAGGCAGCGACAAUGCAUAUGAAUUUGAUUAUGAGGACGAGGAGUAUGGAUUGGGGUUCGGCGAAGGCGAACCGGUGGUGAUGUAUGAGUCCCCACAGCCUUUCAGCGGCACCUCAGCUGCUGGGUCUGGGAACGCACCUGCGCGCGAUGAGCCGCUGAAAUUCAAUCUGUUCGAGCAAAAGUAUCCAACCAGCGAUUAUGAAACGGAUGCAAGUAGCAGUACGUUGGAAGGUAGUGGCGGCGCGCGGCCGUUGAGUGAACCGCUGACCACGCAUAUGACGGCGGAGGGUGAGCGCGUUGGAGCGAGUGCCAAUGAUAGAGAUGAUGGCGCAACCUUCUUCAAUUCAUCACAGUUCUUAGAUGCGGUACAGGGCUUUUUUCAAAGGCAUACCACAACGAGCGACGAGAGCACUGCAAAUACAACAAUGCCCAAUGCGACAACUAUAGACCAGAGUGUUCGUAUUGCCAACGCGACCGAACGCAACACCGACCGUCAAGGACUGAGCGAUUUGCAUGUGGCUAGCAGCAACAUAUCGACAUUUGCCGUCGGCGACAUCGAUGCGAUUAUAUUGCCAGCCGUGAGCUCAGGCAUGCCAGCAACAACAACAACAACAGUCACGAGUGCUGGCGACAGUGGCGAUGGUGGUGGUAGUGCCGGUGCAACUGGUGGCAACCUUGAACCGCAGCGCAUAUCACUCAUCAAGGACGAUAACACUGUACAGCUGGUAACAACGGUAAUUGCACAGUCAGACGGCUAUCAUCGCGGAGGAGGUGAAGACGCGGCAGGCGGAGAUGUUGGAGAUUUAGUUACUGCCGCACAGCAGCAACAUAACAGCGUUGCACAAUACUUACGCGCCGAUGCACUGUUGCCCUUGAGCAGUGCUGCGCCAUAUAUUACAACAACAGCAACUACAUUUGAUGCAGAUAAUGCGGAUCAUGGUACAAAACCACCACCGUUGGCUGCGAAAGACGAGCGCCCACGCAGCGUAACGCAGCAGAAUACGGCCGCAGCAGCAGUACCAGCAGACACGGAUGCUCAGGAGACAAGUUUCAUAACAACAACGGAGCCGGAGGGCACCACCAGUUUUCAAAUCGACGAGACAACAGUUGUUGAGGCGAGUGAUGAGUCCGCUACUGUUCCGGAGGCUAUCCCCCUGCUGGAAGCAAUUUCGAAGCAGCAGCAGUUGGAGUUUCAAAAAUUGAAAGUAGAACCGGUUGAAGAUGAGGCGCCAAUAAAAACAACUUCACCCGAGACAGCAAUCAACGAGCAAACAACAACAGCUGAUGACGAUAAUACAACAAUCGAAACCAAAACAAUUGCCAACGAAAAGGUUGAUACAACAACAGCGAAAGAAGCAGUCGAAAAGAGCGAAAAGUCAGUAGAAGCAACAACAGUUGCAGAAACAACCACACAACCGUUAACCAGUGCAGUCGCAUUGUCAUCAACAAUAAUCGCAACAACAACAACGAAAAUACACUUAACCACCACUCCAAGCUCGGACCGGUUUCGUAGCUCACCGGCUGCCGCUGUCGUCGCGCCUAUCCGCAUCGCUACGGACAAACAAGUAUCCGACGUUGUCAAUUCAGCCACCGCUCCGGCCACGAAUCCGACUAUUGGCGAGGAGACAGCGGCGCCAAGUAUCGACGUCGUGAGUGAUGUGCCGAGGAGUGGCAACAGCGAUUUAGUGAAUGUCGCUGCCGCGAGCAGCAUCAAGACCAGCGACACCAAAAAUGACAGCCGCAAUAAGAAUAAAAACAAUAAGAAGCCGCCUGUGCGCAUUGCAGCGUCAGCGAAGGCAACGAUGGCGGCGAGUGAAAUAAAUAUUGAACAAGAAUUGCGAAUGAUUAAUGAAUUGGUGAAGGGCAAGCGACAGUUGGCCGCGCUGAAAAUGGCAGCUUUAAAGGCAACAACAACAAUGACACAAGCAGCAACAUCAACACAAAAAACCACUGCCAGCGAACCAAAGUUGGAGGUGAAAAAAUCCGGCGCAAACGCGGCUGAGAAUGAACAGAAUGCGCGUGGCGUGGCGGCGGUUGAGGUGCGGCACGAUGUUGAUGAAGCAACAACAACAACAACAACUCAAGUGACGACAAUAACAGCUGAAACCACAACAGUGGUCAACUCGCCCCUGGUGGCGGCCAGUGGCAGCGAAAACGAGGUUCUACAUACAACAGCAACAACAACAACAACUGAUGGAACCAAAGCAGCUACACAAAAAGAGGCGACGGCUAAAAUGGAAAGUGGUAGCCAGCCAGCAGAAACCACAACAGUGGAAAACACUACAGCGGCGGAGGCACUUAGUAAGAUCGUUGAGCUUGCGACCACAACAGCAACAGCAACAGCAGCAGCAAGUGCAGAGCCUGAUUUUGAGGCCGAGGCCACGGCGCCAAGCGCAGAAGCAACUGGUGCGACACUUUGGUCGCGGAUUAUGCCUCUAUUUGGCUUUGGCGUAACAGCGGUGGAAACCGGAGCUAAAGUUGGAGCCGCACAAACAGCAGCAGCAACAACAACAGCGGUGCCAGCGGCCGAGGAAAUUGUUGGAGGCGCUGCAAUUGGUAGUAUUAGUAGUAGUAAUCGAUUUAGUGGCAGCAAUGUUAGAAGUAGUAUUAGUGGUAGCAUAAGCGAUAUUAGUAGCAUUGGUAAGAAUGUUAAGAACAACAAUUUAAUUAGCAACAACAACAACAAACAUUUUGAUGGUCCGAUUCGUCGAAACAGUAAAAUUAUAAGAAUUGAUCAGCUUAGUGCUAAUAGUGUGGGAGGGGCAGCAGCAGCAGCAGCAGCAGCAUCAGCAGCAACAACAAACACGCUAGAAGAAGAAGAAGAAGCAACAGCGACGACAACAACAACGACUAUGGCAAAUACAAAAACCGAUAGCAUUGCGAUUGCGCCAGAGCAAGCGCCUGCGGAACAGUCUUCAUAUUGGUGGCUACCUGCUGGCUGGCGUUCCCAACGGGACACAAGUGACGGCCAGCAGCCGUUACUGUUUCGCCUUUGGUCCGCAUUUCCCGAAAGUCAAAUGAAAGCCAAAGUAAGAACAUAAUAAGUCCAAUGCGUACUACCUCUACUGUCGAUUCAUAUGAAAAAGUACAAACAGGGGGAGAACUGUGAAAAGAAGUUAGUGAGAAAUUUUUUGUAGUGAAAUAUUAAAAGUUUUUUUUUUUUCAUUUCAUUAUAGGGAUGGAGAGCCCGGCAUGAGAAGGCAUUGAAAGGGACGGGAUUUUUCCUAAGAGCACUCGUACAAAUAAAAUAAACCAGUUAGAAAAAAAAUAUAAUAAACAAAAAAGGCAAAACAUAAAACAUAAAACGAAAAAUAGAAAACAGAAAAACACAACAAAGAAAUAAACGAAACACAAGCUUAGCAAAUUAUUAAGUAGAAACCAAUGAAAAGUAAACAAAAAUCGCAAGAAAAAUAGAAAAUUUUUUAAUAGUCAAUGACAUACUAAUAACUUGUACUUGUGCCGCAAUUUGUCGAGGAGAUUAAUGUGAAAGGCAUCAGAAAGUUUGGACAGGGAAAUGUGCGCCAAAGAAUAUUUUUAAACGGUAUGAGCGAUAUUUCGGUGAAAGCUCGAGAAAGCUUCCAUAUCAGGCAGCCUCGGAAAAGUCGUGCUUCAAGUAUGUAGUAAAGCGAUGCAAACUUGCGAAAACCGACUUCAAUUGGCAUAAAAAAAUUUAAGAUGAUUGUUUAUUUCUUCUUGAUCCUAUGAUCGUGGUCCAAAGUUAUGCGUAAACAGAUA